AUGUCGUCUCCGAAACACUUCAUCAAUGAUCCUACCCAUCUGGUAAAUUCGGCCCUAAAGGCCUUGACCAUCACCAAUCCCGCCGUCGCCCUCGAUGCCGAGCACAAGGUUAUCUACCGCCGUCCAACCGAUGCCGCAAAGCAGGUUGCUAUUGUGUCCGGAGGAGGCAGUGGCCAUGAGCCUAGCUUUGGAGCCUUUGUUGGAGAUGGAUUGCUCUCGGCCGCUGUAGCUGGAACAAUAUUCGCCUCCCCAAGCUCGGAGCAAAUCCGCCAAGCUAUCACUGCCCGAGUCGACGCUGAGAAGGGCAUACUAGUCACGGUCAUGAACUACACUGGCGACGUGCUUAACUUCGGCAUGGCGGUGGAAAAGGCCAAAUCGGAAGGCUUCAACGUUGAGAUGCUGGUUGUUGGAGACGAUGUGGGGGUUGGCCGAAUAAAGUCUGGGAAAGUCGGCAGACGAGGAAUUGCAGGAACUGUUCUGGUUCACAAGAUCUCUGGUGCCUUAGCAGCAAGAGGAGCAAGCCUCCAAGAUGUCUACAACGUGGCAAAGCUGACCGCCGACAAUAUUGUCAGUGUUGGUGCCAGUUUAGACCAUGUCCAUGUACCAGGCCGAGCUCCCGCCCCGGUUGAUGCGAUCGCUGAUGAGCGUCUGGCCACCGAGGAAGUCGAAAUUGGCAUGGGCAUUCACAACGAGCCCGGAAGCGGACGGGCUGUGGUCGCUCUUCCCGAACUGGUAAGCAGAAUGCUUCAGCAGCUGUUGGACUGGAAGGACGAGGACCGCGCAUAUUUGAACGUCAAUUCAAAUGAGGUCGUCGUUUUAAUCAACAACCUCGGCGGUAUAAGUGUUCUGGAGCUCGGUGGGAUCACCACGGAGGUAAUUGAGCAAUUGGAGAAAACCUACAAAAUCAAGCCGGCUAGGGUAUUGGCUGGGACCUAUAUGACUAGUCUCAAUGGCCUUGGAUUCAGCAUAUCCAUCCUCAACACCGUCAACACAAAUAUCGGUGGCCCCAGCAUGAUUCAGUUACUGGACGAUCCUUGCGAAGCUACUGGAUGGGCCGCCCCGAUCAGAAAAGAGACUUGGGAAGCCAAGUCAAGCCAAGUACGAGAUACUUUAAGCUCGAAAAUAGAAAGGGCCAAGACAAGUGGAUUAAAGCUAAACCCUGAGGCUGCAAGGGCGUCCUUGACCGCUGGUCUGGAGAGAUUGAUUCUUUCAGAGCCUGAUGUUACAAAAUAUGAUACAGUUGUCGGCGAUGGCGACUGUGGUAUCUGUCUGAAGAGAGGAGCUGAAGCUAUCUUGAAGGAACUUAACUUCUCCGGUGACGCAGCAGUGGAUGUGAGCAAGGUCGCUCGAGUCGUGGAGAGCUCUAUGGAUGGAACUUCAGGAGCCAUAUACGCUAUAUAUCUCAACGCCUUGAUCACAUCACUGCAGGAGCAAGCUGCUGGUGAGGCAACCGCAAAGGUAUGGGCUGCAGCACUCAAAUAUGCAUCAGAGGCUCUGUCCAAGUACACUCCGGCACAGCCGGGAGAUCGGACUCUGAUCGAUGCCUUGUACCCGUUCGUUGAUACUCUCAAUUCGACGGGCGAUGUGAAGCAGGCAGCCUUGGCCUCAAGGAAAGGGGCGGCGGGGACAAAGGGCAUGCAGGCCAGUCUAGGCAGAGCCGUCUAUAUCGGCGGAUCAGGCUUUGAGCAAGUACCCGACCCUGGGGCUUGGGGACUUAUAUCUGCUGCUGCAACAGCAGAACGCUUCCCAUCACCAGAUGCUGUCAGAUCUCCCUCGAGAGAACAGGAAGAUCUUCACCGCGCAGUGCGGUGUGAUAAUAAUGACUGUCAAAAAGACACCGAGCCAACUUGGCAGAUCGCACUUCGGAAAAAGAUCGAGCUUCCACAACUUUACACAACAUCAGAAGAGCCUUCCAUCAUAACACCAGACGAGCCUUCAAUCACAACACCAGAAGAAUCUUCCAUCAUAACACCACCACUACAGCUACAGCUGGCAACCAUGUCUAUUACUGACAGCACUGCCAUGUCACUAUCCUCGAACUCGAGCUCAGGCACGAUCGUCGAAAUCGACAUCCCGAGGACAUUCCAUCCAUUCGCAAGGCUACCCAUCACAGUCCGCCGUCAUAUUUGGUCACUCAACAUGCCUGGACCACGCCUCGUCGAAGUCGUCGAGGACAAUAACGACUUUAUUGCCUUUGGAAAACAGAUUACCAAUCUAUAUAUCUGCAGAGAAUCUCGAAGGGAGGCGCACAAGACUCAUCCGUUGAGUUUUUCGGUGAAUUAUAACCCACCGAUGGUCCCGUUCAACUUCGAGACCGACACUCUCUUGCUCGGACGCCGCUUGAUCGACGAGGACAACCACAUAUACUUUCGCACCAACUGCGACCAGGAAGAACUGGCUAAAGUUCGUCGUCUUAUGGUUGACACAGAACUUGUAUGGGAUGAAUGGCAAUAUAGCAAUAAACGACAAAGUCGGAGCCAUCGAAGUAAACGAGAUCGAGGGGCUGGCCUGUGCGGUAUGAGCAGGCUGGUCUUUAAGGGGGUGGAAGAGUAUACAGCUCUAUAUACUGGCUUGGCGGAUCCGCUACCAGCUUGGGCGGAGGUAACUUGGUUUCCAGUACUUCGGCAACACAGUCAAAGAUGGAGAUGCACAGAUGCUGACGCAGUGGAGGUGUACCAGUUCCUCCAAGAGAACUGGUGGAGGUUCGAUAACCACCGACUCAGAUGGCCUGUAGACGCGGACUUGUGCGAGGAACAGCGGUAUGGGGGGAUACCGUGGUACGAGAAGUGGGAGCCGGCCAUUAAGCGCUGGACCAUUCCCAUGGUCUCUACCUUGGGGGUGGAGCCAGAGGUUAUGGCCGCGUUCAACUGGCCAGUGGCUUCGGGUUGGGCGGAGAUGGUGAUGGAUCGCGCCAUUGGUGAUCUGUUUUAUUGA